CUGCUUUCAGUAGUGCAGGCGAGUGCGCGCGCUGAGUAACACACUCUACAGACUGCGAGUAAAAUAAACAGUCAUUUUCAUGAUUAUUUCCUCACACAGCACUUCAUAUUCUGGCAAAAGAAAAAAAAGUGUGCUGCAGAGUAGUCUGAAGGUGGGGGGAAAAAAGAGCAACACGUAUCCGGUGGGACUGGGCUCCUGAGUGGGUGAGAGAGAGAGAGAGAGAGAAAGAGAGAGAGAGAGAGAGAGAGAGAGACACACACGCACGCACGCGCACGCAGAGUUACUCAGUAGAAGAGAUUUGCUCGCUUUGCUGCACGAAGCCUCGCGCUUGUCUGGGAAUUAUGAGGAACCUUUGGAUGAUAUUGACCCUCUGCUUGACCUUCUUUCUUUCUGGAGAAAGGAUAUUGGUCAUGGCUGCAAAGUCUUCAUCGUCCACAGAUGAUCUAUACCUCGAGGAAACGGGGUCUGGAGGAUACCCUGAAGAUGAUGAUGACUUCAGCUCUGGAUCAGGCUCAGGUGCUGGUGAGGAAGAGGAGGUGAUGGUUACAGUAAACACGCUAUUCAUAGCACCCAAAGCUAAGCCUACACAGGACAGCACCAAAGACUUCACACCCAGAGUGGAGACUUUCACAGCCCGGGACUGGGACCACACAAGAGAACUGCCUAGACAGCCUGUCAGGACAGAGCCCCCGGUUCCCGUCACGAAGGAUGUGCGCAGAAAUCCAGGCGCCGGCACCACCAGCUCUCCUCGCUCUCCCGUAGAGCCCUACGAAGUGCACUCAGAAAACCUCUUCCAGAGGACAGAGGUUCUGGCAGCUGUCAUUGCAGGUGGAGUUAUUGGAUUUCUCUUUGCCAUCUUCCUCAUCCUCCUUUUGGUGUACCGCAUGAGGAAGAAGGAUGAAGGCAGCUAUGAUCUUGGUGAGAGGAAACCCUCUGGAGCAGUGUAUCAGAAGGCUCCUACCAAGGAGUUUUAUGCAUAGACUCCCUUUCCACAACUGUCUCGUAAGCUAAACUUCAUCAGUGACAGCAAUGACGGUCCCAUAUCGCUGACGACGACAAACACGUUCAAGUAAAGAUCAAAACUAAGACAACAACUGAGGAACAUAAGUAACAUAAAGAAAGCUUUUGCAUAGAGUAUUGUAAUUCAGACCUUUCUUUCUUUUUUUUUUAAUGGAAAAAAAACAAGCAAUUAUGGUAAAUCUCAGUGUAUUUAAACUUUUAUUGUGUAUUAUUUGAAAAGGAUGAAAAGACAAAAAAAAACACACACACACAAUCUGUAAAGGUGAAGAAUUUUCAUCUGUCUUCUGUCAAAGGAGCUGUUUUUAGUCGCUGACUACUUUUUAACUGUAGCAGUAUGUAUUUGUAAAGAAAAAAAAAUUUAAGUGGAAACAAUUUGAAUAGAAUUGUUCUGUAUCGGUCCUGCUUUCUUUUUCAGCAUUAUUUUGUCCUAGCAUGUCUAAUGUUGAUGUUAAAGGUGUAUUUCAUUAACUUAUCUUUUUCUCUGGUGUUGAAAAAUGCCUUUCUUUACUUCUCAUGGAGCUCUUUUGUCUCUGGAUUAACAUUUAUCCUUCAGUGUAAAUGUUCUCCCUGUUUUUUUUUUGUUUUUUUUUGUCCACCUGGUCAAUUUUCAAUGGAAUUUUGUGUUACUUUGUUUUUCUUUUGGUGUAGCUCUAGCUUCAUAUGUAAUAUCGCUUGUGGUUCGGUCAGUAAUUGGACGUAAAGGUGAUAGGUGACAGUACAUGUAGAGCAAAAUCUACCCACAUAUAGCUUUAUUAUUUAAGAGAAAAUCCCCCUCAUUUUUCUCCUGGCGCCACUGCACAGUGUUUGGACGCUAAUUUCAGUUUCGUUUAUGAUGACUCCCAACUGUAAAGCCUGGAUCCACUAUGAAUUUGCCUUGGAAUCCAUUCCGGUGGGACCUGAUUGUUUUUGGCAUUGACAUCAUUCAUAUCUGUGAGUUUAUAUUAGUGAUUAGAAGGAAGUGACAUACUGGUGUUUCAGAAAAUCCUAUUUAAACAUGACUGGUGCAUUUACGCAUAAGCUCAUGUUCUUUGGCUUUCGCUUUAAUCUGAAUGGUUGAAUCUGCUGCCCCUGAUCUGUUUGUUCCUCUCUCUUGAGUGUGAUGCCUUUGGCUUUUGAGCUUGGCUCGGCUGACCCCAAGACACACGGGUGGCUUUUUGCCAACGUUUUGGUGCUUCUGAUAAAGGCAUGCAUUUUGUCUCUAGAGUGAUCCACGCCAAACAGUUUUGAUCUAAUCAGUUUCCUUUUGUGUUAGAAGCUAUACUUAGAAGAGGAGAACUGCUCCUAUUAAUGGUCUGGUGCCCAUCUAAAAUGAUAACGAGUCCAGGAAGUUCCUUCUCAGUGGUUUUCCCCCCCUCUGGAAGUCUGUAUGAAUUCGGCAGGUCAUGAAGUCGUACUGAAAAGGAAAGCAGAAUGAAGAGGCCCCUGUUUCCGAACAUGUCACACACUGCAUACUGAACUCCACACAUUCAUGGGUUUAGCUUCCUAUUUCCAACCCCAUGUAGUGACAACCCCUCUGACAUGAUCCGUCUUAGCUGGACAUGAACACAGAAAGUUACUGCAAAAAAGAAGUAAAGGAUUCUUAUAUUGUGGUAUCAUAUUCCCUUGGUCACCUUUGAGUUUUCACAUUUUAUUGUGACUUUUUCAUAUUUUUUUUUUUAAUCCUUUAGACUUUUUAAAGAUGAGUCCAAAUGCUUAUUCACAUAUAAAAACUAUAUAGAAUAAAAUAUAUAAAUGUAUAUUCACAAAACGUUUUAAACCUUCAAAGUGCCUAUCAUUUGGAAAUGUGCUUGUGUGUGUAUCGGCUGAAGGCAGUGUGUACAUCAGAGUGGCCAGAGCAACUGGUAUCGUGUAAGCACAGCUGACUGUAAUGGUAACCUUUUUUAGUCUUACAAAAUGCAGACAGUAUUGUAAGUUGAAACAACACUACUGAAUAAACAUUGUGGCCUAA